ACUAUGAUGCGAUGUAAACAAUCUUUGGAGUUCAUACAAAAUCGUUGCUUGAGAAAUGGAGAAUUUUAUUCAUGCCCAUGAAAUGCUCGCAAAUAAAAAUUGGAGCAUGUUUUAAAUAAUGUUUAAUAUUGCGAUUUUGCAACAGACUGAAGACAGAACAGAAAUCUGUUAACUUAUGGCAGUUUCCCCUUUUAUUUACAGUAGCUGUUAAUAGCAGUUCAGUUUAUGUUAUUGAACAGGUCGCUGUUUGAGAAACAGCUGUAAAGAAAAACAGGCAACGGUCACAUUCUUCAAAUAAAAUUAUUCCCCGCGGUUCGCGUCCACGUGAACACAUUUCAGCAAUGUGAUUCAUAAAGUUAUUAGAUAAAAAUCCUAUAAAAACUGUGUAGUGUUUGCUAAUAAAUUUCAACUUAAAUAAUAAACAAAAGCAGCAACAAAGUCUUCAAACUUAAAUAAUUUAAAUAAUUGAAAUAGUGUGUGCGUUGGCGUUGCAGACGCGGCGCUCAACAUGUGAGGUUAAAGCAGACAAACAGACAACGGCAACAAAUAAUUCAAGACAAUUUAAAAACAUUGAUUUACCUAUCAAUUAGAGCAUAGUUAAUACAGCAUCCUUUAAAGACGUACUUUUAUGAACUCACCUAUUAUGGAUUCACGCAUGCUAAAUGUGUUUCACGAGGAUCACUACGAGGGGAACUUUGUCAAAUAUGAUCCAGAGUCAAAUUUCUGGUCAGCCAAUGAUGAUUUACAACUUACGGACACGCUGAAUGGCAUUCUGCCCAUUGCGCCCACAGAUGAAUCGCUGCUCAGUCCAAAUGAGGCCGAGGAGCAGCUGCAGAAUAGAAAAAACUUGCUCAUCUAUAGCGACUUUGUGGAGCAAGAGCUAAGCGACGAUGCAAACGGACUCAAUGGUCAGGUCUAUAGGGCCAUCACAGACUGCGAGGCCGAGGCGGCCUUUGAGCAGCAGCGUCAGCUCAGCGCACUUAUCGAUUCUGAUGACGAGCACGCCGGUCGACAGGCCGAGGACGAUGAUAUACUGAGCCAGUGCAGCAAUUCCACAUUUCGCACACGCACCGACAGCUCUUCAAUAGGAGAUUAUGAGUCACAUUCUAGCGAUUACGAUGAGAUUGAUGAACGCCUGCUGCCUGUUGAAGCAUUUCCAUUGCAGGAGGAGCGCAAACAACGCACAAUUAGCACAAACACUCUCUACUCUGAAUCGGAUGCUCUGGGACUGAAUAUUGAUGUGAACAAUUUUGAUUUGGCUGAAUUUAUCACAAAAGAUGAUUUUGCCGAUAAUAUAAAUGCACUGUCUACGAAGAAUGUCCACCAUGUAAAACCUAUGGUAGACGCAGCAUGUCCAAUAAAUUUACAAACAGCUUUAGUAGAGCCCAAGAAACAACAAGUAAUUGCAGCUGAGAGGCCAGUCGCAGUGCUGCCGAAGCCUGUGAUUAUAUCAUCCAAGAGUCGUGAUUCCGAUUAUGACUCGGACUCAAUUAUCGAUGUAGAGACCGUCGAUGUGAUCGAUGUAGAUGAGUCUUUGUGGGUGGCCCAACAAAUUGAAGAGCCCGCCGCCACAGAAGAUUUGUGCUAUGUGGACAAUGUAAAGGCCGAUCCAUCCUGGUGUCCCAAGCAGGCCAAACGUUCAGUUACCGCUGAGCACAAAGCAGCUUCAGCUCACAAUCAAAACGCAGCCAAGACAGCGAGCGUUGAAGUUCCUCCUCCAGCAAUACAAGCAGUGACAGCACCAACUUCCCAAGCAGCCGCUGUCAAAGCGAAGCCAAAGGUGAGCCACAACAUUUGCCUGGUGCCCAACAAAAAGCAAUGUGACUUUCUAAAGCGCAAAGUGGGCGCCAAGGCAGCAGGCACAGUCACGACCAGCAAGUCCAAAGUCUCGACUAAGAAAACUCAAGAGGCUACCAAAUCGCCAGCUUGCAGACAGCAGCCUUUGACAAGGCCAACGGAGUCGCAACCAAUUAAUACGGGUCUUGGUCUGGGCGGCAAGAAUUUGGCGCUGUUAAAGCAUGAACGUGAUGCGGCGGCUACCUCGCUCAGCUCAGCUCAGGCAGCAACGACUGCGCCCAAACGCAAGCUCAAUCUAGAGGAGUACAAACAACGGCGCUGCGGUGCAGUUUUACCCACCAAACAGCCGUCAGCGUCGGCUUCCACGCCGGCCAAGCAAGCUAAAGUGGAGCCUUGCAAAGUGCUUCCACCAUCACUUGUUCAAAAGGCACAAAAGUCGCCGCAGAAAGCAGCCAUCAGCAGCAUUGUGAACAGUCUGAAGUGUCCGUCGAGCCAGGUAGCAGUUGCCACGGAUCCCAUAACCGUGGCCAAGAAUAAGGUUCUACGCAUGCUGGAGAUGAAACGAGCACAGCAGCUAAAGAUUAUCGAUUCGCGGGUGACAGCUAAGGUGCCAAGGGUGACGAAAUUGCCGCCGCUCAAGGAUAUUGUUAAGGACACAUACUGCAUGGAGACUGAACCGAAGGCGGAGCCAGCACAAACGGCACAGAUAGUGCCCAGCAGUAAGAUGCAGGCGGACUAUGAAGAGAUUAUUAUUGUUUCGGUUAGCUGCAACACGGAUAUUACGAUACCGCCGCAUCAAGCGAGCGUUGCGCUUAGGGACAACAGGACAACAACACCCUCAUCGCGCUCACUGUUAAAAUCGUCUGUGCUGCUGUACAACAUCUCCAAUGGCAGCGAGGCGGGCAAGGACAUGACCAACUCGCUGAUUGCCAGUAUACAGAGUGAGGUUGUGAAGCAAACGAAUUGCGAAGCGCUGACUACACCGACAGCAAAAGCGACGACAGCAGUAGAUCAGAAUGCACAGCAUGGCGAGGAUAUGGUCAUCAUGCAUCUGCCCAAGAAUCGAACUCGUAAGCCUAUGGCCAGCAUGGGCACACAAACUGAACUGCAACCCGAAUUUCCAUUGCUGACCUUGCCCACGACGAGACAAUCGCGUGAGCGAACGCGUCGUGCCUAUCACAAACGUCGCACCGAUGAUUCCGCUUCGAAUGACUCGAGCUGCAGCUCCUCCUCGUCCUCAACUUGUAGCAGUCUCGCGUCGUAUCGUUCACGUUCUAAUUCAAAUUCAAUUGAACGUUUGCGGCACUCGGAUGCGACGCCGGCCUGUGGCAGCAGUAUUGGCGGUGGCGGCUACUCUUCGCGCAGCACACGACGCCAUCGAAGCUCGGUAAGUUCCUCGUCCUACUCGGAGGCCGGCAAAUACGAACGCCAGCAGCGACAACGCCGCACUAGCUAUAACAAGCGGCGCUCGAAAAAUCAGACACGUGACAAUUGCUCUACCUCGGGAUCAGAGUACACCGAUCGUGAGCGAAGUCGCAGUCCACAUAGACGCUCGCGUUCGCGCUCCACAUCAGCUACGCGGUAUGGCAACAAUAACAACAACAGACGUGGCUAUGUCGAUCGUAAUGUAUCACAGCCAGCUGUUGAGGAGCGCCGUAUCGUUUAUGUGGGCCGCAUUGAGCCGGAUACCACCAAGGAGUUGUUGCGUCGCAAAUUUUUGCCCUAUGGCAGCAUCAAACAAAUAACCAUACACUACAAGGAGAAUGGAAUGAAGUAUGGCUUUGUGACCUUUGAACGUGCGCAGGACGCUUUCACGGCAAUCGACACAAGUGCCAAAGAUGCGCAAAUCAACAUGUAUGACAUUAGCUUUGGCGGACGACGCGCAUUCUGUCGCGCCUCCUAUGCAGAUUUGGACAAUGCGGGCAUCAACAACUACCAUUCGUAUGUGUUUCCUAAGGCAGCGCCAGCUGCACCACAGCAGGAGGAUUCCUUUGAAGCCCUGUUGCUGAAAGUGAAGGCAAAGUUAAAUGCAGGCAAGCCGUCAGUAGCUACAGUUCCGACAACCCCAGCUGCCACGGAAGCAGCGACAGUUGCCACAGCAGAUUGCAAGAGCAAAAAUAACGAUUCGGUCAUAGGUCAAAUUUGACAUCUUUAUUAUAAUUUGCAAAUGGAUUUACUUUUAUAUUUAUGAUUUGCCAGCCAACAUCAUUUUCAGUUUCAACCUAAUAUCCCUAUAUUAUUUUUAUGUACAUAUAUAUGUAUAGAGCAUGAAGUUUCUAACUGUCCAACCGAAAGCCUGAUUAACAUUCAUAAAAGUUUCAUUAUUUAUUGUAAACUAGUUGACAAUAGCAUUGCAAACCACACAAAACCCGUGCCACUCCUGACAGUGGGCGGUGUUUUCAAUUUACAGCGAAUUGAUAGCAAAUAUGGAAAUUAUUAAAUGGAAUUGUGAUAAAAAAUACAAAGUCAUUGAUUGCAUGUAAGUUAGCUGAAGCCACAGACAGCAAUUAAUAUUGUAAAAAAUAAAGAGGAAUAUAAAUUAAAAAUUUAUUGAAAAUUGAAGUUUAUAGCCAUAACGUAACAAUCGAAGCAGCAACCACACAAGCACAGACAGCAAAUAGUUAAAUACUUACAACAUGCAACAACUAUAUAAAAUAUACAAAUAAUAUAUAAUGUAUUAACUGUAUAGUGCUAUAUAGAGAGAGAGCAAGGCACGCGCAUGCUGCAUGCGACGGUCACAAAUUAAACUGUUGAUAACAAAACUUUGAUAUUAGUUUGUAAAAGGAAUAUUUUGUACGUACGUAAUUUUAAUUUACUGGAUAUGAUUUUUUUUGUAUAGCAAUGAACCAAUCAACAAACCACAAACAAAAUAAAUGCUGCCUUGAAUAAUCAUUAUACCUGUCCAUAAAUAUGACAGAUGAUACAACAACAGCAGCAACAACAACAACAAAUUAAUAUUUAUAAUUUAGCUUACAUUUGUCUAAUUUCGUAUGAAUUAGUAAUUGUUAACUAUUAAAAAUAUUUGUAUAAAAUCUGGCUGGAUCAGCCAUAAUAUACAGGCGCCGGAGCCUCAGGCCCAGCUAUUCAACUAAUGUACUUUCUCUUCGUUAAUUGCAACUGCCCAUACAGAGAACAAAUUUAUUUGUUUGUUAGCAUAAAACAAAAUUCUUAUAAAGAUGAAAAAUUCAUUUCCUGAUUAAGUUAACUCAACUAUGUAAUUAGGUGAAAACAAAUUUUGUUUAAGUUCUUUUGUACUACUCUUUUUGGAUAAUUAAUA